AUGCUGGACGCCGACUGCUUGAAACUACCCAUCACCACCUGCCACCCCACGGCGGAUGAGAAGUCGAUCCUGUUGAACAUCAUCUGGGACCUGAAGUCUCCAAAAGCGAAUUCUCUCGACAUCGACCCUUACCUGGAAUACUACGCGCAGCAAUGUCAUAUCUUCGGCCUGGAGCAAAGCGACUGCUUACCAGCCGAUGGAUCGCCCGAGUUUGAAAUCGUUGCCCAUAGAGACAUCUUAUGCGUAAUACAAAGCCUUGCAGCAGAGUCACGAGACAGGCCGGAUGUGGUGCAAAACCUCCCAGCAUUACGACCACCUCGGGUGGACGAGAAAGGAUCGACUGGCCGUCAGGAUUCGGCCCCCAACAACCGCGUCAUCAACAACGCAAUCGACUGGGCGGCGAGGCUGCUGACCAUGAUGGACAUUGGCCAGCCACACUGCGCUUAUUCCGCCCAGCGCCCGCUCCUUUGGGACAAGGGUUCGCUGCGUGGCUUCGUAUCCAGUCACUUCGAGCCCCCAAGGCAGAGCGCGGGCAUUGUGCGACUGCCCAAAAUAUUCAACGCCCGCAAUCUCGAACUCCUCGCCGGCAUCAAAGUGGCUUGGACCAAUAACCUCUCCGACCAUCUCAGGCUGAGGGAUGAUGACAAGGAGGUUCUCAUCUUCCACCAUGCAACCUUUCUCGAGCAUGGCCGCACGUACCACACCCAUCACCUACCCAACCAUUCGACCCAAAAGCUCAUCGUAUCGCACAGUGACAUGUUCCCCCCGGGCUUCUGCAAGGAGACGUUACGCACACUUUCUCUGCUCCUCCCAUCGUCCGAUAAGGCCACGGCCAAAUGGUACAAGAGGCAACGCUCGCUGGAAAACCUCGACGGCAGAGCGACCAAGUUACCACAGCUUCGCACCGACGACCGCCAGAUCGAAAACUUCCAUUUCUGGAGGGAGCGCCUGGUCAUCCUCAAGCAAGUCUUUGACGAAGCAGAGCCGAGCACCUUGUCGCAGUGGUGGCACGACAGGAGAAAAGGCCCGCAGUGGUACACCUUUUGGGUCGCCGUCGCCGUCCUCGCUCUGACUGUGUUCUUCGGCAUCGUCCAGUCCGUCGAGGGCGCCAUGCAGGUCUAUCGCGCUUACCACCCCGGCGGCCCCGAAGAGCACUGA